CAAUCACGGUCUGCUCGGGUUUCACUCAAGCUGUCCUUCAAACAGCGCGCUUGGACGAUAGCGCGCUCUGAUCUACCACAAGUGAUGUAUCUGCACGGUGCUUCAGGCGCUGCUCAUCCUGCUUUGAAAUUCGGCUGCCAUACUUCUUUAUGACCAGGGUUUACCUGACCUUGUGCUUACUUGGGGCCGUUAGGCUUAGACUUGAUAGGGGAGAUCGUUCCUUGACGAGGUAUUAUAUCAACUCCUGUGGCCUCUCACUAUUCCUUCUCAAUCUUGCUCUAACCUUCUCUUCGCUAAAAUUUUAGCCUGUUGCUUGGCAUUCUUGCAUCCGCACAUAGACAAGCUUAACAAUUCUUGCUCAUAAUGGUUCAGAUCAAGUCCUUGUCAUUUCUUGCUUUAGCAUCGAGUGCUCUUGCCGAUGUCAUCACUGUUGACGUCGGUUCGUCCGGAGAUGUUUUCAGUCCCAACAGCGUGACCGCAAAGGACGGUGACAUUGUCCAAUUCAACUUCCAUGGCACGCAUUCAGUUGUCCAAUCCGAUUUCAGCUCGCCGUGCAGCUCCACCAGCAACACUGCUAUCAACUCUGGCACACUCAGCUCGGGUGCAUUCUCCGUAAAGAUCAACAGCACGGAUCCCAUCUGGAUCUUCUGUGGCUAUGCGCGGCACUGUCAGUCCGGCAUGACCAUGGUCAUCAAUCCACCUUCAUCAGGCGACACCCUUGAAGCCUACACGCAAGCUGCUAGCUCCUCCGGCCGCUCGCAGUCUCCAUCUAACGUUCAAGGAGGCAUCGUCGGCGAUGCAAGUGCCUUCGGGACCGACUCCUCGUCAAGCUCUGCUUCAGCUUCUGCUAGCGGUGCUGCUUCCGGUACGGCGUCCUCCGGCUCUUCCUCCGCCACGACAACAGCUAGCUCCACCUCGGGCUCUUCAACAGCUUCAACCACAACUUCAUCAAGCACGUCUUCCACCUCUUCUGGCGCUGCCGAGAAGGUCAAAGUGUUCGGAAUUGCUGGUGUCGCUGGGCUUCUUGCUGCUCUUUUUGCAUAGAUGCGUUGAGAUGCCUCUUUAACCAGUAUCGCUAUGGCUGUGGGUACGCAUGGACACUCUGACAGGGAAAAAAUCCGAACGAAUUGGUAGCAUCUCAGAUGCUAGUUUCUAGUCGGUUUUACUUGCGUUUUUGAGGGAAAAUAGAGCAUUGUAUCUCAUCUCUCGGAAACUUUUUGACAUUUGACUCCAGAUGCGUUGCUCAAGUUAUUCUGUGUACGCUCUGAACAAUUGCAAGUCGCUUACUGCAAUAUACUCGGUUGCGACUCCUGCUCCUAUACAGAAAACAAAUCCUUCCUUUAGCUCGUAGUCAUACUCUCCGGUUUUCAUGAUACCACGCCCUCUUGUGACAAUCAUUAUACUCGGGCCGUCUAA